GUCCAGCUACCCCAGGAAUAUGGUGGUGGCUACCUGGCGUCACUGGAAAUAAUACACCACAUGCACUGUCUCGUACGUACUUUACUAUGUAUCCACAAGUUUGGCAUUGAAUUGAGCCCCUCUUCAGAUCACUGCGUCAACAUGCUUCGUCAACAACUAUUGUGCGUUGCCGACACUGGGUUGAUUACGUACCACUGGGUUGAAGGGAGAAACACUCCUUUCCCCGACUUCAACACCUUACACAAGUGUAAGGAUGUCAACAAGAUCAAG